AUGACAUUAGAAUUUUUGAAUACGUCCGAGGCUAUAUUUCGUGUAUUGAGAGAUUCAAAAGUUUCAUAUUCCGAAAAGAUUAUUGUUGCCACCCGUGUGUGGAAUUCGACUGAUAUAUGCUUUCUAAAUAAAGUGGGUUUCUUGUCAGAAUGGGUUCGUUCAACUUUGAUUAAAUCAACUGGAUUUUCCGACGUACGGCUUGGUGAAACUCCAUAUUUGAAUUUAAGUUAUUGGAAAUUGUUUAAAGAAGCGUUGGAAAAGACUAGUGAUUCUUCUACACCGUCACCCUUAUACAAAUUACCUUUGAUUCCUAUAUUUUCCAGUGUAAUUGACUAUAUAUCAUCAGUGGAGUCAAUAAGUAAUCAUAGUAAUGAUGAUUUGAUUGAGCAUUUGCUGGAAACUUUUGAUGCCUGUUUUUACAAACUUACAACUGAAAAAUCUACCAUAUUCAGACCGCCGAUAGAUCAUUUAGUUACAUUAGCUUUAAACGCUUGUAAUCUCGUCAUGACCAUAAAUACUUCUUAUGACAAUUAUGAGAUGAACGUUGAGUAUAGCCAAUCUAGAGCAUACAAUGUGCUUACCGGAAAAAUGUUUAAUAAACUUCUUCAUGUUCGUUCCUUUGUAUUUCAUCUCAAUUCAUCAGGACAACAAGAAGACUGUGACUAUGUCAUAUUUAGUAAAAUCAUCAUGUCAAUUGAUACCAUUUUUAGACUUGGACUUUUUCAACAAGAUCAUAUAAUAGAAUAUGCUACUCUACCUGAGUCAAAUAAAGAUGUAUCUGAUAAAAGAAAUGACGGAAAAGGCUUAAUUAAUCAUCAUGACCAGUUAUUUGAUAAAUGCCGUGAGAUUAUAAAUUCUAACGAUGAUAAAAUGCGAUAUCAACUAAGUGUUUUGGAAGUUAUUCCUUAUUGGUAUGGAUUCUUUGUUGAAGAACUACGAAAACACACAGAAUAUAUUCUUGGUGCUGCCUCGGGUGAAGCAGUCAAAGCAGCCUUAGAUAAAAAAAGAUUAUUAGAAUUCAAUUUUUUUUCGGAAUUAUGGACUUUGAUUUCUGAAGCGUUGUCAAAUUUAAAAGGAAUACAUGAGGCAUUUGGGACACUACAACAAAAAGUUGAAUUAAAAUUCAUUACAUUUUAUUUAGAUGAAUCAUUGCAACAGCUUCAAAAAGCCGAUAAUGCUAUGGGAAUUCAAGUUGUCUUAGGACAAAUCACUUAUUUAGAAGAAGUACUAAAAGCAUAUUUGAUGUCGUUAAAAUAUUAUAAUUUGAACUCUAUUCAACUACAAAAUGCGAAUGCCCAAG